UGGGUUCUCAGACUGGGCUGGGCAGGUCUGAGAGUUAAGGAAAGUCUGUUCCCACUGCCCUGGGGGAGAGAAGAAAGGAAGGGGCAAGGGAGAAGCUGCUGAUCGGACCCACAAUGAAAACGCUCCUUCUUUUGCUGCUGGUGCUCCUGGACCUGGGAGAGGCCCAAGGAUCACUUCACAGGGUGCCCCUCAGGAAGCAUCCAUCCCUCAAGAAGAAGCUGCGGACACGGAACCAGCUCUCUGAGUUCUGGAAGUCCCAGAAUUUGGACCUGAUCCAGUUCACCGAGUCCUGCUCAACGGACCAGAGUGCCAACGAACCCCUUAUCAACUACUUGGAUAUGGAAUACUUCGGCACUAUCUCCAUUGGCUCCCCACCACAGAACUUCACUGUCAUCUUCGACACUGGCUCCUCCAAUCUCUGGGUACCGUCUGUGUACUGCACCAGCCCAGCCUGCAAGAGGCAUACCAGGUUCCAGCCUUCCCAGUCCAACACGUACAGCCAGCCGGGGCAAUCUUUCUCCAUUCAGUAUGGAACCGGGAGCUUGUCUGGAAUCAUCGGAGCUGACCAAGUCUCUGUGGAAGGACUGACCGUGGUUGGCCAGCAGUUUGGAGAAAGUGUCACAGAGCCAGGCCAGACCUUUGUGGAUGCAGAGUUUGAUGGAAUUCUGGGCCUGGGAUACCCCUCCUUGGCUGUGGGAGGUGUGACCCCAGUGUUUGACAACAUGAUGGCUCAGAACCUGGUGGACCUGCCAAUGUUUUCUGUCUACAUGAGCAGUAACCCAGAAGGUGGUGCGGGCAGCGAGCUGAUUUUCGGAGGCUACGAUCACUCCCAUUUCUCUGGAAGCCUGAAUUGGGUCCCAGUCACCAAGCAAGCCUACUGGCAGAUUGCGCUGGAUAACAUCCAGGUGGGAGGGACUGUGAUGUUCUGCUCUGAGGGCUGCCAGGCUAUUGUGGACACAGGGACUUCCCUCAUCACUGGCCCUUCCGACAAGAUUAAGCAGCUGCAAAAUGCCAUUGGGGCAGCCCCGGUGGAUGGAGAAUAUGCUGUGGAGUGUGCCAACCUAAACGUCAUGCCGGAUGUCACCUUCACCAUCAAUGGAGUCCCCUACACCCUCAGCCCAACUGCCUACACCCUGCUGGACUUCGUGGACGGAAUGCAGUUCUGCAGCAGUGGCUUUCAAGGACUUGACAUCCACCCUCCAGCUGGGCCCCUCUGGAUCCUGGGGGAUGUCUUCAUUCGACAGUUUUACUCUGUCUUUGACCGUGGGAAUAACCGUGUGGGACUGGCCCCAGCAGUCCCCUAAGGAGGGGCCUUGUGUCUGUGCCUGCCUGUCUGACACCCCUUGAAUCUGUUAGGUUGAAACAUUCUUUACACCUGUAAAAAGUUAUUUUCCACAGAAUGUAGCUGUUUCCAGGGUUGCAACUUGAACUAAGACCAAACAGAACAUGAGAAACACACACACACACACACACACACACACACACACACACUCACAGCCUCACACACACUUCACACAUACACACCACUCCCACCACUGUCAUGAUGGAGGAAUUAAGUUGUAUAUCCAUAUAUUUUAUUGAUUUUUGAUUAAGAAAAUCGAAACUUUUCACAUUUGAUUAUGAAAAUCUGCAAGCAGAGAUCAUGGUAUAAUAAGUCCUUAUGCAACCCCACUCAGCUCUGACAACCCAUCCACACAUGGCCAGGCACGUUUUAUCUACACUGCUGCCCACUCCUCUCUCCAGCUCCAUACACUAUAUGUACCUGGAUUAUUUUGAAGCAAAUUUCGAACAUUACAUAAUUUUGUCCAUUUUCUAAUAUCCUUAAAUAUACAGUUGGAAUUCAAGCAUCUCUCACUGUCUCACAAAUGUUUGGCUGUUUUUAUAGUGGGAUUGUUUGCAUCAGGAUUCAAACAAGGCCCACAAAUUGCAUUUAUUUGAAAUGUCUGUAAGUCUCUUUCCAACUGAAGAGUUUAGCGCAUUUGAAACUGUGCUGGCUGAAAUCCCGAGGUGUCAUUUAACAUGGUUCUCUGAACUUAUCUUUCUUAUAAAAUGGUAGUUAGAUUUGGAGGUCUGGUUUUGUGGCAAAAAUGCUUCCUAGACGAUGCUGGGUACUUCCUGCUGCAUUCCAUUAGGAGGCAGAUAACGCCUCUUUAUUGGUAAUGUUAAGACUGAUGGGUGGGUUUGGAGUUAUUGGCUUUAAUCAUUCAUUACAAAGUUCAGCAUUUUACUUGAUCAUUUCAGGGGUUGUUGAUUUGUUGAGAUCCACACUAUAAUUAUGGGUUGCAAAACAAGGAUUUUUCUAAUUCUGCUGUCCCUUUGGCAUUUGUUAAUUGGAAUUCUUCUAUUAAAAAAAAGAAUAAUCUUUA